CAAGGCUACCUGCGUCGCAGCUCUGCCCUGCCGUUUUAGUGGCUGCUACGCUUAAUCUUUUAGGGCGCUUCAGCGGGCCCUACCGAUACUCUGCAGCACCCUUUGACCACCUAGUACAGCCCGUGGUUGCCUGCAGGCGCUGACUGUAUUUGGCCUCUCAACAGCGUUUUUCUUCGAGCCUUGACGGUGACUCAUUUUACAGACAGCCAUUGCUCGAUACGCUGUAUAUUUAUUGUGUUUCAGCCCUGGUCGGAAAUUUCUUUGCCACAGAAACCCUCAAUGCUAGCGAGACGACUUGCUUUGCAAAUUCCAUUCAGACAGACGGCCCGAUUUACGUGGACUCGCCCUUUGACCAAUAUGGCUUCUCCUGCAGCAGGCCUAGAGCCUGGCCAAGACACUUAUGUCCCCAGAUACAUUGACAUUGGCAUCAACUUGGCGGACCCCAUGUUUAGGGGCAAAUAUUAUGGUGUCCAACGGCACCCAGAUGAUCUAUCUGGGGUUAUUAAGCGGGCUAUGGAGACUGGAUGUACUAAGAUGAUUAUUACCGGAUCAGAUUUCAAAAGUAUUCAAGGUGGUCUUGAAAUUUCUGAAGAAUAUGCUGGCACUAUCUUCACAACUGCUGGUAUCCAUCCAUGUACUAGCUCCAUCUUUAGUCUGAAACCUUCCAGGAGAUCGGACGAUGGAAGCUCUACACCAUGUGACCCUGACCCAGAUGCUCCGAUCCCUGAAGACCAGCAGCCAGAUGCCAAAAAGACUAGUGAGGUCAUUGGCCGCCUUCGUGAUAUUGUCGAAAAGGCUAUCGCUUCCGGCAACGGCCAUUUAGUAGCGCUUGGAGAGUUUGGACUUGACUAUGACCGGCUAAAUUGCUGCAACAAGACUGUUCAGCUGCACUCAUUUGCGGAACAACUCAAGUUUGCCGCCAGCCUUGAACCUCAGCUGCCUCUCUUCCUCCACUCGAGAGCUGCGCAUAAUGAUUUUGUGCGUCUUCUUAAAGAGGCAUUUGGUGAAAACUUGGAGAAUCUACAGAAGGGCGCCGUUGUACAUAGCUUUACAGGCACGGCCGAGGAGAUGGAGGAGCUGAUGGAUCUUGGUCUUUACAUUGGCAUCAACGGCUGCAGCUUUAAGACUGUGGAAAACUGCAAGACUGUCAAGGAAGUACGGAUGGAUCGUAUCAUGAUUGAAACCGAUGGGCCGUGGUGUGAGGUUCGACCCAGCCAUGAAGGGUACAAAUAUCUGAUCGAAAAGAAGGAUAUUACUGAUGUUAUUGCCGAUGGCAUUGCUGCACAGGACUCGGAAUCAGCGACCGGUACUGGAACUGAUACACCUAGCAGCAUUAACCAACCGAAGAAGCAAAAGAAUCAAAAGAAGGAGCCAGCGAUCCCUGAGCGUUACAGAUCCGUUAAGAAGGAAAGAUGGGCAGAAGGCGCAAUGGUUAAGGGCCGCAAUGAGCCUUGCAGCAUUGACCGCAUCGCCAAGAUUGUCGCUGGAAUCAAGGGCAUUACGGUAGAAGAGGUUUGCGAGAAGGCAUGGCAAAAUACAGUCAAGGUGUUUGACGUGGAGAAAAAGAAUUAGAAUCAGGAUAGAUUUAUAGUCAUCUAUGGGUAUCAUCAUGCGCCCUAGAAAUGCAACGGCGUAAAAUAAACCAAAAAACCAAAGCCAAAACGCCCCAAGCUAUGCUAUGCCAACCAGACUAUGUAGCACAAUACUACAAACCGGAUCCUUUAUUGCCCCAUACACGGCCAUCGCGCACAACGCCUGUUGUGAUGCCUUCUUCACCAGUCAUCCAGCCAGGCAUUUUGGCGCCGUCAAUGAUACCUGCUUCAACAAGUUGUCGAAUUCCUGCAAAAACAUGCGAUCCCUGGAAUGUAAUACGCACAUUUGGCACCCAAUCGUUCGGAUUAUUCACUGCUGCAGGAUCCCAACCGUCGUCCUCCGCGGCUUCUUGGAGGGCGGCAUCCACACCUGUUCGGCGCCCUGGACCACGAGCAUCGGGAGGCUGACUGGCCGCAUCGUCAAAGUCAGCUGGGCUUAUGGAUGGAAAGGGGUCCUGCAUCAGAAUAUCUAUGCGUUCAACGCCUUUCCCAUCCGAGAUUAUACCUGACCUGCCGAAACGGGCUUGUGCCGUAAGUUUGGCUCGUUUUGCUUGAUACGCGGCCUUGCUGAUGGGCAAAUUCCGCUUGCUGCCAGUAAUCGCGUGGGAAGAUCGUCUUGAAAGCGGCGGUGUUGGCAAGAUAGUAUCCAAUGGCGACUUUUUAUCUUUGUCGUCUGUGUAUACGCUCCAACCACCACCGGCAGCAUUCCCUCUUCCGGCUCCCUUCUUAUCAAGUAGCGCGCCGAGAUUUCGACUUGUGAGGUAGGUGACCUGUAGCGUAUACCGCUCUCGAGGUCUGGAUAGUGCUUGAGGGACUCCCUUGAUAAUGAGGCUUUGUAAACUCCUUCCUUCACCGGCAGUAGCAUUGCCUGGUGCAAUUGCUUUAGAUAUGUAUAAUGAUGGCGCACUGUCGGGGAAGGCCAAGUAUAUCGUCCUUGAAGAGUUGAAGUUGGUAGUUCCUGUGCUGUUUAGACCUGACAGCGCAAGCUGUGUGUUGUAUGGCGAGUCGAGGACGAAGAUACGAAGGAAGAGGACGGGGUAGUCACGAGGGCGGUAAAAGUGGUAGUGUGCUUUCACGUCUGGAAGUACUUGAUUUUGGAGAUUCUGGAGAAAGGUCGACGGAUGGAAGCGGGGAAUGGCCAGACUCUUUUCGUCAGCCCGUAGAACCUCGUCGUCAUUGCCGUGGGUAGGAUGCUGGAGGGGUGCAAUCUUAUAUGCAGUCCAUUUUUGAGAAUGAGGAUGUUCGUCAAGGUGUGCAAAGUCAAUCAUGGCCAGCUGAUAGAGCGUCAGGCCUUGCCUCCAAUCGCCCUCCAAUAUUCGGGUGACAACAUCUCGCUUUGCGCCUCGGUGGUCUUGAAGCUGCGAGUACAUCUCGCGCAGCUCUUCGACAGUUUCGCAUGGCGGAUAAAGGUCUUCUGGAUCAUCUAAUGAAUGGCCAUGCUCAUCUGUCUGGGCUAGGUACGGUGCAGCGUUUGCUAUUGUGCUGUCAUCGAGCCAGUCCAGGGCCAAUGCAAUGAGUGACUCUCUGGAGAGACGACUGAGAUUCUUUAUGACCGUGAUGUUUGUUGGAUCAACUCUCAGCGAAGGCGGGAGCCUUGCUGUUGUUGGCAGGGAGAGUUGCGACAUGGCGGCGUCAUACCACGAGGAUAGAGAUGCGCCCGCGCAAGCUGGUGUUAAUAUUUGUCCGUUCUUACAACUUUGCAGUUAGAGGCAGUCAACUGUUAAACGGUCCUCAUCAGUAACAUGCUUGUCGGAUCGGGCCCGCAAAAUAGACCCAAACAGCGCGACAAGCAAGCCCAUGCAGUGCACUGUCGGCCACUCUGAACUGUAAGACGCGUUCCGCUAUGCGUCUAGGCGCGUCAACAUGAGCAUGACUAAGCGGGCAAGCAUCACCACUCCGGCACCCAGUUAUUCCGACCCGACCCCGACCAAAGAGCCGCACGGAAUUCUACGGGGAAGGAGCGGAGAAAAACUUGGAGAGGCGGAAAUCACAGGAACACCUCGCAAGAUUCCACAUCAGGAAGGCAAGUGCCGGCGUCCAUAAUCGGUAAAUAGCCUCUUUUGUCAAUCUUUUUUUUUUGUUGCAAUAGAGUAUCAAGACACACAUCAUGCAACGAGCAUUGCCCUACCUUUUGUCUAAUUAAAUGUGAUUCUAUGCCGCUGGCCAGCAAACAAAUUGCCACGCUGUGCAUUUC